AUGCCUACCAUCCCCUCCACAGUCGAAACGACAGCAUCAGUCGACACAGCCACUAGCCUGAUAAAACGAAGCAGCAUGGCCGAUCCAGACAAAUACCCCCUCUAUGUCUUCCUCAUCAUUCUCGGUUGCGUAGUCGGCACCCUCAUCGGAUUCAGUAUAUACAUCAUGUAUCAUGGCCUCGACGACUCGGACAAAAACAAAGACGUGCCUUACGAACAAAGAAAGUACAUGCGUGAGAGCAGACAGCGAAACUUGAACAGAUUGGCUGUGGAGGCUCGGAGGCCGGAUAUGAUCAUUCCUAUUGAGCAGUUGAAUGUAUGA